UUCAUAAUCCACCGUAAUCCACGAAGACAAGCAUCACCAUCACCAUUUUGUGAUUUUGUCGAAGCAUUGCCAAUAUUACUCGGAUGUUUUAUGAGCGAUGUAUCACGCAGCUGUAAUGUAAGUGUUCUGAAGUCGGGACAUUCACUCAUCUUUUUUCACCUGUGACUGCAAAUGUCUCAAAACACUGUAACGUAAUGGCUAGAAUCACGCGCAGUCGUGCGAAGCUCUCAGCGGCAUCGAAUGAAGGCAGUGGCGACAUCGCAGGGGAUAGCAUCGUGAAAGGAACAUCGAAAAACGAAAUCGGAGGAACAGCUUCUAAGGAGUGCCACGAUCAAGAAAAUACAGACGAAGCUGAAGGAGACAUGGAAGAUGAAGCUGGUGGUGUCGAACAACAGUCUGGCCACUCAGACGACGACGACGCCCAGUACGAUAUCGAGGACCCGCUGUUCGAGCCGCUUGUACUGGACAGUGUAAAAGAUGAAGACGAUACGGGAUGCUCCGCCGAAGCAGAAGUAGAGCCUCGAGAAAAUAUGGACGAACAGUUACGUCAGACGGAUUUGCAUGUGAAGAGUGAAUCAAAUGAAUACGAUGUGGACACAUCUAGCAAUGAUCGUAAUACAACAGAUCAUGCAGUGGUGGCAACGGAAUGUCCAGAUGGCGACGUAAAAGAAACUGUAGAGCGUUCCAGGCAUUGCGAUGAGGAGCUAAAUCAGACAGAGUUCACUAUUGUUUCUGAGGUCAAAGAAGGUGAUGGAGAAAAUCUAGCGGAUGAAGCAGAAAUGGCGACUGAUGUGAAGAUUGAGGACCUGGGAAACAAUGAAUUAGGGGGUACGGUUGCCGAACACGACGACGAUGUCGAUGCGGGUGACGAGGAGAUGGUACUAGUCACAAACCUUCAGGAUCUCUGCCCUUUCACACCGCUGCCAGAAGAAAAACGCAUAACAGUGUCAGUCAGAAGAAUUAUUGAGCAAGAAGUCAGGGCACUGAUUGAAAAGCUGCUCUAUGACAAACAUGAUGCGUCCUGCAGUAAAUCGGGCACUGAGAUGUCCACACCAUCCUCACAGCAGGAACUAAAAACCUACGGUUGUAAUUUAUGUGGUGUGAGGAUUGGACACCCUGGAAGAUUUGAAAUACACAGUAAUUCGAGGAAACACCUUCAGUACUUACGUUGGGUGAAUGGAAUCAAUCUUAACAAGGAACAAGGACAGUUCUAUUGCGGCGUUUGCCGUGUCUCCUUGCCUGGAAAAGAUGUCAUGUCAUCCCAUUUCAAGAGUGAUCGUCAUGGCUGUCUCAGCAAGUUGUUCAACGUGGACGACUAUUAUGGCGCCCACGUGAUGGAGCGCAUCAACAUUACUGGCAAAUCAACAAAGUUGCUACAAGGAACUCCGCAGAAGACACCGGGGAAGCUGGAUGAUCGCUCAUUUACCUUCAAGGAGGAUGCUCAUACAGAGAGGCAAGGUGUUCGAGGUGGACUGACACCAACAUCAAGACCGGAUAGUGCUGAGCAAGGCAGCCGACAAAACGUACAAGGUUCAGCAGCAACAAAAUCUGGUGUUGGGACCUACCGCUGUGAUCUCUGCGGGGUAACAGUCGCUCGUCAAAGCUUUCUGCAGCAGCAUUUUAACGGGAAGAGACACCGUACACAAGUGAGGCUUCAUGAGAAACGUGCAGCGGAGCAAAAUUUUGCACAACUAAAAGUGUCACAAGGGAAUCCUUACAGCCAGGACCAACCGUACACAUCGGACUUUUAUCAAGACUUUGAAGGUCAGCAUUGGGAAGAAGCGCCACAGAAUCCCCCUCAAGGACAGACUGAAAUGUCUGAAGCUCCUUGUCCUGAACAAGGAGACGUGGGCUACAGCUUACCAGGUGCCAGCGAGGUAGAAAUGGGAGAAAAAUUUGUCGAAGAGGGUCAAGGAGACCAAGAAUGUGAUGAAGUGCAAACAGGGCAGAACUAUGAGGAAGAUGAAGCCGUGCUUCAGAAAGAAGAAGACGAAAUGGUUGGAGAUGGCUUUGAAUAUGAAAGUGCACAAGGUGCUGAUAUGCUGCAAGGCAGUGAAGAAGAUGAGCAGCAGUUUCCCACAGAGCAAACCUGGAGUGAAGAAGCAGUGGCAGAACUGGAACAGGUGGAAGAGGACGAGAACAAUGAGAAUCAAGACAACGAGGAUGAUGAAGCUGCCAUCGUUAAUGACGAGAACGUCUGCAUUGAAGAGGCUGAGGAAGACGCUCCUGCUGAUGAAGAAAGUGCUGCUGUAGAAGAUGAGGCACAUGCAGACAGUGCAAACACAGCUCCCCAUGAAGGGACUUCGGAUGCGGUCGCAGAAUUGAAAAAGGAUGAAGAGAAGGCUUCUGAGAACAAGGAAGGUAAAGAGAAAUCGGAAGACGAGAAGACGAGAGAGUCACGGAGGGACUCUCGCCACGGACAUAGCUCCAGUAGGGACUCUCACAGACAUUCCCAGCCAAGUUCAAGGAGAGAACCUAACAAGGACUCAAGAAGGUCAUCAGGUGAUAGUCGGGGAAGAAGAACUUCAAAUUCGAAGGAUGCAAAAGGAAGUGGUGCUGACUCCAAAGGCAGAGAUGCAAGAAGUACUAAGAGUGAUUCUAAGGAUGGAGCAAAGGAUGUCACUAAAAGUGAAUCCAAAGCCAAAUCAAGUACGGACACCAAGAGCGAAUCCAAAGGUGAUACGAAGAGGGAGCAUUCAAGAGAGACGAAAGGAGAUUCGAAAGGGGAUUCUAGGAGUGAUCCUAAGAGUGAUCCAAAGAGAAGGCCAUCAGACACCCACCAUUCACACCCAAGAGAUCGCAAGAGUACUUUCGAUUCGAAACAUGGAAGGAGCCUCAGAGACCCCAAACCCAAGACCCCGUCUUCGAGCUCUAGAGACCCAAAGCCUUCUAGCAGUACUUUGCGAAGACGCUCAGUACAGACAGUCCAAAGAGAUGCAGGAAGAGUCACUCGAAGGAGAGCCCUCUCGCCUGAGAGGCCAAUAUCAAGCAAGAAACCCAAAUACAGCUGCUUUGCUUGUAAAGUAGCUAUAUUCUCAGACAGGGAUUACAAAGAGCACUUUGAUAGCAGACGUCAUCGUCAAGAAGUUGAGCGUAGAGAGAAAAAGGAGGAGGAAGAACGUGCAGCACGCAGACGAUCAUCAUCACCUCGUUCCUACAGGCGACACGACAGAUCUCGCUCACCCGUGGAUCGCUGGCGCAUCACUGCUCCCUUGGUAACUCAGCCGCCUCACCAAGCACCGGAUCCAUCUUUCGUGAAUGCUCAGUGGCUCAACCCGGCAGCAUUCCUACCGUUGCAGCAACAGCUGCAGCAGCAUCCUCAGCAGCAUCUAGCACAGCUUCAACAACCCCAGCAACACCUACACCAACUUGCUCAAGCACCACAGCACAUUCCACACCUCCAGCAGCCGGUCCAGCAACAGCAGCAGUGCCUGCCAGAUGUGUUUGGCGUUGCUGGAGCCCUUCCGCAGGCUGCUGCGCCUUCAGCACAAGCACUGCCAUUGGAGAGCUAUACGGAGCGGCGUCCAGUUGUGGCAGGAGCUUUGGAUAACAUGAUACUUUUGCAGCAACGACUGCUCACCCUGGCUAGUGCCACUGGCGCCAAUGCUGGAGCGGCGAUGCCAAUCACUCAAGACUAUGAUGCUGGCCUGCAAGCCCGUCAGAGUCAGCAGCCAGGGCCAGAGGCAGUGCCACGACGGCCUCAGGAGAGAAGUAUGCACCAGCAUGAGUCAUCACUUCGACAGGGUCAGCAGUACAAGGGUGUACCACAGUACAGCCAGUCGAAGCAGAACCCACCGCAGCAGCAGAUGCCAUUUAUGGAAGGAAGUGUUUCUGGCAGAGGCCGCAUGCGUCCAGAGUACAAUGCUGGAGCUAGCAAUAGCCACAUCAACUAUCGCAGUAGUACAGCAGACGGUGGAGCACACCCAUAUUUCUCCCAAAAGGCCAGUAAUUCGCCCUCGCACGGCAUACCGUCCCAGGUCACAGCGAGGGAUCCCUAUGGCCAGCCAUUCCAGCAGUCAACGACAAACCCAUCAUCACGUUAUGGAAACGUGCUCGACGCGUCAGUGGGUAGUAAGAGUCAGACACGCGCAGAUUCGCAGCCGUCGUCGUUGGCGAGAAAUCAACGUUCGCAGUAUACAAGACCAGGCAUAAACACCGUGAAAGCUGGUGAUGUUGACAACAGUUACCAGUACAUGCAGAAAAGGUUUUAAGCAUGCACACAAGGGGGGGGGGGGGGUUCAUUCAUUGUCCACAUCCUUUUUGU